AUGUGACUCGCCGCCAUAUUGUUACACCCGUAAAUGCCAUCACUGCCGCUGAUGCCUCUCCAUAUAUGUCCAGCAUACAUGGAGCUGUGAUUUCCCGGAGUAACCAGCUCCUUACAUGAUGACGGGGAUGUAGUGCGAGGGCUGAGCGUUGUCAUGCGGAUGGAGGAGUGUCAGUGGGUGUAGCAAGAUGGCCCCCAGGCCUAGAUUCCACCUGUUACUGUAACACAGGGAGUCUGCUGAACUUCUGUCUCCAGGUCUCCCCCAUCUCCGCAGUGCGUGUGGAGUGGAAGCCUGGACGCACGCACCACGACUACAAGGGAGACGGAACAGACCUAGAGGAAGGCAAGCCGCGGAGAAUGGGGUCCAGAAUGCCUCAGCUCCCGCUGACAAUGCCCCCAGAGCGUGGGGGUGGUUCGCUCUUCAGCCUGAGGUUCCCCACCUUCGCAGUGGGCACUGUCUGCCUCCCUCUCUUUGGUUUCAUCUCCUGCGUUAUCCUGUCGCUGCUGUUUGACUUCGGUGAGACGACUGCCACGCACUGCGGGGUUCCUAAUUACCUGCCAUCAAUCAGUGCUGCAAUUGGAGGAGUGACCCCACAGAGAUACAUCUGGCGGUUAUGUAUCGGCCUGCACUCUGCCCCCCGUCUUCUUAUUGCGGUGGCUUACCUCAACUUCUACCAAGGAAUCGGCAGCUCCUACUCCCUAUCUCACAUCAACUUCAUGUUUAAUGUGCUGGAGAUAGUCAGCCUCCUCCUGCUGACCUACAUCUCUUCCAGUGAGAACCAUGGGAUCCACCAGCUCGCCUUUGCACUCUUUAUGUUUUUUUCCCUCAUGUAUAUGGUUGUGACCAUCCUAAUAUGGAGGAAAGCUAAGAAAUAUGUAAGUGCAGAGGAACGGAGAUCGUAUAACUGGAAGAAGCGACUCUUCUCCUUCUACCUUCUCGCCUUUGUGGUUUCCAUGAUGUUCUACAUCCGCCAUAAUAUGUUCUGCGAACCUGGAGUUUACACCAUGUUUGCGUUGCUGGAGUACCUGGUGGUCUUCUCCAAUAUGUGCUUCCACAUGACGGCCUGGUGGGACUUUGGCAAUAAAGAGCUUCUCAUCUGCUCCCCACAAGAGGCCAAGCAGAUCUAGGAGAGAUCCUACCACCGAUACACACUUGUCCUGUCCUCUAUGGUAAGGAUGGACUCUUGCUGCUGGUGGCUGAUGACACGUGGACCUCCGAUGCUGCAGAUCCUGUAUGUAUAAGUAGCCUGUGACUGUAUCUGUGUCCCCGCACCCGGUGAUCCUUCCCAGGGGCAGAGGACACGAGCAUCUCCGCGCUUCCUGUGGUCCUGCCUAGAAGCCGUAGGCUGGAGAACCAGUUGUGUGGGGAUUAGUAAUGGUCCAGUAUGGCUUCACAGUAACAUGUCCUGGCUGGUUGGAGUCUUAGAUGUGUUGAGCCGCCCUCUAGUGGAGAGGAUGUGUCCGCACCCGCGGCUCGUGAGACUGCAACACAGAACAGACCACAAUCCACGUCGGGGACUAAAUCAGCCAAACUCAUUUCAGGGAACUAGAAGCAGAAAAUAAUGUACAAUUCUUGUUUUAUAGGACAUUGUGUGAACACGGAGUGUUUGCUGGAGAAUUUUAGCUUUUAACCAAAUAUUAUACAGACUUUGUUAUUAUUCCAGUCAUUGUGCUUUAUAUGAGUUUACCUACGGUAAGCUUCCUCUCAUACGGUAGUGGGGCCAUAAACACUUGUAAUGUUAUCAUCCUGCAGGGGGCAGCAGUAACAUACACGGACCAUAAACACUUGUGAUGCUGUUGUCCUCCUGCAGGGGGCAGCAGUGACCUAUACGGACACCGGUUGCACCGUUGUAUAAUGAGUCACAGGAGAUGCAGCCAGCUGGGCUAUGUACGGACUCGGCCAUAAAGCUGACACGGUGACGCUGUUUACAUUUGAUACUGUAUAUAAUUUAUUAUGCUCUUUUUAUUCUGUGCUAUUUAUUGCAGUGGGGCGUGAAUGUAGGUGAAUGAAUUAUAACACUGGAAGAUAACAUACAGAGAAUAUAUAAUGGGAGAGCAUCUUUCCUGGGUCACCAUGUGUAUAUAUACAGUAUUUUUAAAUAAAAUGAUUGAAGAAAA